CUUCUUUUUCCAAAGCCAUUUUCCCACUGACAACUCUAGGUUGAAUGCGUCAUUGAAUCUUGCACCACAUCAACAGGAACAUUUGGUUUUUUUUUAUCUUGGAGGAUCAACAGUUUACAGGCAAAAGGAUUCAAACGACAUCGAUGGGUUCGGAACGCCCAGAAGACGACCACAGGUCGCGUCGCCGUGACGACUACCGAGACGCCCCCAGAGACAGCGCAACCAGCAGCCGACACAACAAGCGCGACUUGGCAGAAGACUCCCCGAGACAUCCAAGGCUCUCUCAGGACCGGUCCCGCGACAGGUCUCGGUCUCCAAGACGAGAUCACCGAAGACGUUCCAGGUCACCGGACGCCAAAAAGCGCCGAUCGCGUUCGCGCUCACCACGCGACAGGGAGAGAGAAAGAGACAGAGACAGGGAGAGAAGAAGGGAAAGAGGAGAUGACGACAGUGACAAACGACACCGCCGGCGCGAAGACAAGGACAAUGACGGCCACUCGGACAGAGACAGAGACAGGGAAAGAGACAGAGACCGCCGUAGGAACCGCUCGUCCGAAAGACGCUCGUCCCGGAGAGAAACACAACAACCAGAUGACUCCAACCGAGACACCAAAAAUGCCGACAACAAGCGCAGUCUAAUCAAGCGAAACGGCCCCUUGCCCUCCCAAGGUGACUCUUUCGCCGUCAGCACUGGCGAAGAAGCCGAGAAACCCAAGGAGAAGCCGAACUUUGGCAACACAGGCGUGCUCGCCGCCCAGUCCAACACGGUCACGCAAGCCGACGGGACCACCGUUACACUCAAAUACCACGAGCCGCCCGAGGCCCGCAAGCCCGCCCCCCGCGACCAGUGGCGCCUGUACGUCUUCAAGGGCGACGAGGUCAUCGACACCAUCGAGCUGCACAUGCGCAGCUGCUGGCUGGUUGGGAGGGACCUGGCCAUUGCCGACUUGCCAGCCGAGCACCCGAGCAUCAGCAAGCAGCAUGCCGUCAUCCAAUUCCGGUAUACGGAGAAGAGAAACGAGUACGGGGAUAAGAUCGGCCGGGUGAAGCCGUAUCUGAUUGACUUGGAGAGUGCGAAUGGUACCAAACUCAACGGUGACAAGGUACCGGAUAGUCGGUACCUGGAAUUAAGAGACAAGGACAUGAUCCAGUUCGGGUCCAGUACGAGGGAGUACGUGCUUAUGCUUCCGCCCAAGGAUUAAGAGACGAGCAGACGGGUACCACGACUCGUGUUGUUGGGCCAAGGAGGAGGACACAAAAGGGCACAGCCAUGGUAUACCCGUGAAAGCGAUGAUGGACGGUGCCUGGUAUUCCCAAAAUUCUAGGCAAAUGAUGUCACUCUUGGCCGAUGAAAGACCUCGGCUGGGUUUAGGCCGAGAAUCAGCACG